AUGGCCGAUGCCGAUAAUCGGGUUAUUCUUAACGUUGGCGGUAUUCGCCAUGAAACUUACAAAGCAACAUUGAAAAAAAUUCCAGCUACACGACUUUCUCGUCUUACUGAAGCUCUAUCAAAUUAUGAUUCUGUCCUUAAUGAAUUCUAUUUUGAUCGACAUCCAGGUGUAUUUGCACAAAUACUAAAUUAUUAUCGUACUGGUAAAUUACAUUAUCCAACUGAUGUAUGUGGGCCUUUAUUUGAAACUGAGCUUGAAUAUUGGGGCCUUGAUGCUAAUCAAGUUGAACCUUGUUGUUGGAUGACAUAUACAACUCACAGAGAUACACAAGAUGUACUUGUUGGUUUAGAUCGUUUAGAUCUUGAUGCUGAACCAAUAACCGAAGAAGAAAUUCCACAUAAAUUUGGCUGGGAUUAUGAUCCAACAAUACGUCAUAAAAAUAUGAGUGUACAAGAAUAUAUAAAAACAUUACCAUGGUUCAAACGUAUACAACCACGUAUAUGGCAAUUAUUUGAAGAGCCAUAUUCAAGUAGUGCAGCUAAAGCUAUACAAGUUGUUUCAAUAUUUUUUAUACUUGUUUCAAUUAUAUCAUUUUGUUUAAAAACUCAUCCAACAAUGCGUGUACCAACAAUAACAUUAAUUGAAAAUAAUUUUACAAAUAUAACACCAACAUAUACAUUAUAUAAAGAAAAAACCGAAGCACAUGAAGCAUUUCAAUAUAUUGAAAUAGCGUGCAAUGUAUGGUUUACAUUUGAAAUUAUAAUACGUUUUAUAGUUUCACCAAAAAAAUUUGGUUUUGUUAGAUCACCUGUAAAUAUAAUCGAUUUUUUAGCAACAUUAUCAUUUUAUUUAGAUAUGUUAUUUAAUAAAGUAUUACCAGCAUCAUUAACAAAUACAGAUUUAUUUGAAUUUUUUUCUAUAACACGUAUAUUUCGUUUAUUUAAAUUAACACGUCAUUAUGGUGGUUUAAAAAUUCUUAUACAUACAUUUACAGCAUCCAUGCGUGAAUUAAUGUUACUUAUAUUUUUUCUUGUUCUAUUUAUUGUCAUAUUUGCUUCGUUAAUUUAUUAUGCUGAACGUUUACAAAAAAAUCCUGAUAAUGAUUUUACAUCAAUACCAAUUGGUCUUUGGUGGUCUAUUGUAACAAUGACAACUGUUGGUUAUGGUGAUAUGGUACCAAAAACUUAUGUUGGCAUGAUGGUUGGUGGUUUAUGUGCAUUAACAGGUGUAUUAACUAUUGCUUUGCCUGUACCUGUUAUUGUUGCUAAUUUUGCUAUGUAUUAUUCACAUACACAAGCACGCUCAAAAUUACCGAAAAAACGACGAAGAGUAAUGGCUGUUGAACCAGUUAGACCGGCAAGAGGACCAGGAGCUGGUGGUGGUGCUGGUCCUGGUGGAGGAGGAGCAUUGAAUAAAUUUGGUAUAGAUGCCGGACUGAGAACUGGACCAGGUGCACCACCACCUGGUGCUGCUGGUGGUGGUGUUGGUGGUCUUAAAAAGAAUGUUAUUAAACAGAGUAGUAGUGGUUUGGCUGCUAAACUUGGUGCAACUGAAAAUAAUAUUGUACACAACCGUAUUGAAGAAAUGGAAAUGAAAAUUAGAAGUGACAAUACGUCUCCAAUAAAUAAUAGCACAAGUACAAUAGAUAAUCAAAAUGAUGAUCAUCAAAAUGGACGACGUUCAUCUUUUCGUAUACAAUCAUCACGUACAGUUCUUACUGAAGUUGUUUCUUAA